AUGGGACAACCACAGAAUGGAACUAUAGCCGAACUGAAGAAUGGAAAGGCUGAUACAGUCGCCGUAUCUAAACAAGAUCAGGAGCAACAACCACGUAGUAUUCCUCAUAUCACCGCCAAUCUAAUACCUUUAUCCAACAUCCUCAAAUUCUAUGCCCAAGAAUCAUAUAAACAGUUGUCAACUGCAAUAGAAAAUUUAUCAACCAAUGUCGAUGAAGAAUCGGACGUAAAGCGGAAAAAGUACUUUCUUGAUAUAAUCAUAUCGUUACGACAAGAUCUCCUCAAGUUGUAUACCUUGAUCAAAUGGGCCAGUGUAUCACAAGAUGUAUCAAAACUUAUCGAUUUGUUGAAUUGGUUCCGAAUACAAGAUUUCCAAUUUGAUCACUUAACACAUCAGUUGGCGGGAUUGAGUGGAUUUGGUGGUGCUAAAUUACCCAAUUUCGAUAUUGAAACAGCGUUGGAAGUGUUUUAUAAAAAGAGACCAAUUUUACCAUCACACAACUAUCUACAACAACCAAAAAUCAGUCCUCACAAGGUAUUAGAAGUAUUGAAAGAUUUGAAUUUAGCAUUGAUGACUAAAUUUGCUUUGAUUGAUGUACCACCACAAUUCCAAUUUGAAAUAAAAGAUGGUCGUGCUUAUAUUGAUGUACUGAAAGAGUUUCAAGUUUGUGUCACCAUGGCCAGUGACGAUUUGAGUACCGAUAAUCCAUUUUAUAUGAUUGAUUUCAAAUUCUUGUUUGGGAUCAAUCAAGCUGAAACCUUGGUCACAUUUGGAGAAAAUGAUUCGAUUGUUACUAGGCUACCGACAGAAUCAUAUACGAGGUUGGAGAAAAUUGCCAAUCAGGUGCUAAGUGUACUGGGAUUACAAGGAUUGUAUGAGUUAUUACACAAGUAUUCCAUAUCAUUCAAAUUGUAUCUUGUUUCCAAACAAAUACGAGGUUUGUUGAAUACUUUAAAGUGGAAGAAUAAUUUGCAAAUCAAGUAUGCAAUGGGAAGUUCUUUGAUUAUAGUCAAUUAUUGGACACUGCAUUUUUUGAACUCGAAUUGGAAAUCGUUUAUUGAGAUUGGAAUUGAUCGGAAAUUUAAUUUGAUUUAUAGAUGGUUCCGUAAUGGCAAAUAUGAGAGUGAGGAUGUUGUUAAAAAAAUAGUGCAGGAUAGAGAAAAAGAUUGUGGUGAGAUUAAUGAAGACACUGACUCUCUUUUUAAAGAACAGAUUGACUCCGUGUCGUCUAAUGAUGAGGAAGCUUCAGCUGAAGAAGUCCAUAUUGAAUCAAUUAUUAGCUCAUUCAUGAUUUCACACUCAGCUGGUAUAAUGAAGAUGAUAUUCAAGUUACUCAGAACUAGGAUAAGCGGGGAUAUUGAAAUGAUAAAUUCACAUCGGAUCAUGUUUUCCAUAUCACCCAAGAAAUCAGCUGUGUUAGCAAUCAACCCAUUAACUGGAUUAUUUUACUUUGUAAAUCCAACACCUAUGCAAAAUCGACUUUUGAAACGAAUCAAUUCACCACCAUUGUCAUUCUCCAAACAACAACAGUCGCAACAAACUAUACCUGAAAAUAGUUUUGUUGAGGGAGUAGUUGUAGUAUUACAACAAUUGAUGUUGGAAACAUUUACCAAAGAGGUCAAUAAUUACUUAUUCACAACAGAAUGGAUCCACAAUAGCAUCAUCAAGUUGAAUGAUGGAGAAAUAAACAACUUAUUGAAAUCGAUCGAUAAGACAAAUGUCAGGGAUCAAAUCACAGUGCAAUUCUAUCGUCGCAAACACUGGCCAUCUACUUGGUUUCUUAUAGUUAUGGUUAAUGGAUUAACCUCAAGUACUGCAUGGUGGGUAGCACGAAUUAAGUCAGUUGAUGCUAAUUGGGUGGUUAGUUAUCUACAGAAUUUGAUUUAUAAUCCAAGGUUGGAUUACGAGUUUUUCAAAAAUUUGGGUAAAUCGACGUUCAAAAAGAUUAUCAAUCAUGUUAUUUUGGAUGAAUUGCGUGCCAAUGGAAUUGAGUAUGACAAUGUAUUGGCAGAUGAGGAGCAAGCUGGUGAUAACGAUGCAGCCAAGGAGGUGAGGUCGGAACUUGAUGGUCUUGGUUUGACGAGCGCAGUAUCUAGUGGGUCUGAAAAUGGAUCAGUUAAUCAAGUGACGGUAAUUUACAAGUCAAUUAUAAAAUUACAAAAUACAAACUUGAUCCCAAUUGAAAAUUCAUCAUCUCAUUUUUAUUUACAAGUGGAAUUGAUCAAUGAGGAUAAUACCAACAAGAUGAAUUUGAAUUUAUUUGGUAAAUUGAAAAACUUGUCCAUCAAAAAUUCGCCCGAAGUGGCUAAAUUCAAUCUUAUAAUUGAUCAUGAGAAACAAAAUGUUGAGGUUGCCACUUCAGUAGAUUUGAAUCUGAUAAUCAAUGAGAAUCAGCAACACCACCAUCAUCAGAAACAAGGAUUCUUGAAUCCUAUUUUCGACAACUUGAAUAAAUUAAACAAUUUACUUCAAAUUCUUGAACAAUUGAAUAAUCAUAAAGUUGAAAUCUUGGAUAAUUCAAUUGAUAGUGUGGUGGUUAAAGUCAAUGAAGCUGUUGAUAAAUUAUUAAUACAAUUGCCUCAAAAUCCCAAAGAUGCCAUACAGAUUAGUGCAGUUAAUACAAAACCAUGGGAAAUUGAAAUUAUAAUCCAUUUUUUGAAUCAGUAUUUACAAGUGACGAAAUCAACCGAUAUUGUUGGAGUCAUUCAUUAUCUCGAUGAAUUUGAUCCUAUCUAUCGUGCAGUUAAACAAGUUCAAAAAUUGCUUAAUGAGCAGGAGAGUGGCGUAUCUACCUCAGGUAAUGCAGCUGCUGACGAUUUGAAAUUAAAUAAUGGAUUAAACAAAAUCUGUUUCGAUGCCAUUUUCAAAAAUUUGAAUCUGAUUCAAUUUAUGUUCAACUUAUCAUCAACUAUUUCAAAUUCGCGUAAGAUUCAAAAAGAUAAAAUCUUGAUUUCAUUAUCAUUCAAGAAAAACAAAUUUAAUUCCAAUGAUAAUCAAAAUUUGAUUAAAGUAUCAUUGAAGAACAACCUCAAUUCCAAAAACGUUAAAUUUAGACAGUUGUUUGAGUUGAUGUUCAAAAGUAUUUCGGAAAUGGAACGCAAUGAACGUGAUGAAAUUAUCAAUUUACAAGAAAAUCAUCUAUUGAUUAAAUUAAAUUAUGAUUUUUUGAUUAGUUGUAAUGUAAUUGAGGAAAUGAUGGGACGGAUAACCAAAUGUUUUAUUCAAUACUUGACUGAGGAAACAAAAUAA